UUACCAGAUCCCACCCUCUACAAAACACAAUGCCUCGCCGCAUCGCCCAAAUCGUCCAUCUCAAGCCCUCCGCCGUCACAGCCUACAAAGAAUGUCACGCCAAUGUAUGGCCCGAAGUGCUUCAACAGAUUCAAGGAUGUAAUAUUCGCGAUUAUUCGAUAUUCUUUGAUAAUGAUCGGACACUCUUCGCGACGUUCAGGUACGUGGGGGAUGACUUUGAGGGGGAUAUGCAGCGCAUGAAGGCCAAUCCCAAGGUGCGGGAGUGGUGGGCCAUGACGGAUGGGAUGCAGGAAAGCCCGGUUCCCGGAGCCGUGGGCAGCGCCGAAGGACCCGGUUGGUGGAAAGAGCUGGACGAGGUUUUCUACACAGAUUAGGA